UUGAGCCGGAGGAGAAGUACAGAGCACAGUCAUGAAUAUUAUCUUGGAUCUGCUCCUGCUUCUGCUCACCAUCAUCUACUCCUACUUGGAAGCAUUGGUGAAAGUUUUCAUUCCCCAAAGGAGAAAAUCUGUGGCUGGGGAGACUGUCCUUAUUACAGGAGCCGGGCAUGGAAUAGGCAGGUCGACUGCCUAUGAAUUUGCAAAACGGAAAAGCAGACUGGUUCUGUGGGAUAUUAAUAAGCACAGUGUUGAGGAAACAGCAGCUGAGUGCAGAAAACUGGGGGCCACCGCACAUGCGUCUGUGGUAGACUGCAGUAACCGAGAAGACAUUUAUAACUCCAUAAAGCAGGUAAAGAAAGAAGUGGGAGAUGUAACCAUCUUGGUGAACAAUGCUGGGACAGUAUAUCCAGCUGAUCUUCUUAGUACCAAGGAUGAAGAGAUUACCAAAACUUUUGAAGUCAACAUCCUAGGACAUUUUUGGAUCGCAAAAGCUCUUCUUCCAUCAAUGAUGAAGAGAAAUCACGGCCACAUCGUCACAGUGGCUUCAGUGUGUGGCCACGGAGUGAUUCCGUAUCUUAUUCCAUAUUGUUCCAGCAAAUUUGCUGCUGUUGGCUUCCACAGAGCUCUGACAUUAGAACUUAAAGCCUUGGGAAAAACUGGAAUCAAAACCUCGUGUCUCUGCCCAGUUUUUGUGAAUACCGGGUUCACCAAAAACCCAAGCACAAGACUAUGGCCUAUAUUGGAGACAGAUGAAGUUGCAAGAACCUUGAUAGAUGGAAUACUUACCAAUAAGAAAAUGAUUUUUGUUCCACCAUAUGUCAAUAUAUAUCUAAUACUAGAGAGAUUUCUUCCUGAACGUGCCCUGGCAGCUAUACAUCAUUUACAGAAUAUUCAGUUUGAAGCAGUGGUUGGCCACAAAACCAAAGGGAAAUGA